AUGAUAUUGUUCUUUCUUGGCUUUCCAGUGGCAAUUCAAUGUGCGGAUAGAUGGAUACUUAUAAGGGAACUUCCAGUCAACGCGGUGGAAGACGGUGUGAAUUAUCAGGCAUACGUUAGGUUUUCAUUUUCGAGUUCUUUGUCAAUCAGAUGUACAUACGCAGUAACCGUAGAAGUUGGUUACAUUCGGAAGCCACCACCCGACAACAGGGAUUAUUGUCUUAUAUCAAGAGAAAUUUUAAUAUGCCGAAGGAGGAAGUCUCUUCUGAAGCAUAAGAAUUGGAUUAAUGAAACAUUGCUCAGUUACGGCAAACUGGCAACAUAUUCUGAAUCUUUUAUCAUUCAGUGCUUGCGAAAGUUACUGCCAGGACUAAAGAUCCCACCACUUCCUAAGCCUAGGACGACAAGCACUACGACAACGACCACCACCACAACAACAACGACAACGACGACGACAACAACACCAACGACAACGACGACGACGACGUCCACAAUAUCACCAGAAAAGACAACAAAAACAAAUGUUGACGGGAUGUUGACAACAAUAGAUAUUUCAUCGGCGAAUGCCACUGAUGUGAGUGGACUGCCAGAUCUUGGAGUAGAUGGUUUAACAAUUGGAGAAAAUAGAAAACGUGAUGGACGAGGAGAUCCUAGCAUUGAAACUCUCAUGGUGUUUUUGAUUCCGAUAAUUGUUGCAAAAGUCAUUCUUAUUGUCCUUCUUUUCGUUACAAUUCGGGGUUUAAAGAAAGCUAGUAAGCCUCCGGCUAAACCGCCAAAACCAGCCGUAAUCAAGGAUUCUCGUAAAAAAACCGAAAAUGCUGCUCCACUCUCAACACAAUCGUUACCGCUAAAGAACAAGAAUACCAAUACCAGUAUGAUGACGACUACUACUACUACUGCUACUACUACCACUACUACUACCAAACCCUUGGCAGGGGUUUCUGUUAUAGAUUUAUGGGAUACUUUCCAUAAGAAACAAGAAAAAAGAUGA